GGCGGGUGGCGGGGGAGGCCCUCGGGCGUCAGCAGUCUACCGGUCCCGGUCUGGAAGGCUCGGCACAGUUGGCGAACGUGCCCUGUUCAUCCGCCUGCUCGGUGAUGGCGGCCUUAGUUGCUCUCCGUGCAGGCUCGGUCGAAACGUUCAAGUCCGCCGGGAUCCGAACUUCAAUGCUUGCAGAGCGGACAAAGAGGACGGACGCGCAGAGCUGGUCAAGACCGGGCGUGGCGAGUCGUCAUCUCAAAAUAGACAGCGGUGCGGUCAGGGAUGGGACUUCGCCGCCUGCGGGGGAUUGCCAACCGCUUCGGUCGGAGCGAGAGGGUGCGUGUGGAGGGCCCGACGACAGGGAGACGGCGAAGUUCGCCGGGAUCCGAACUUCUUCAGGCAAGGCGUGUGUAGGGCCCGGCGACAGGGAGACGACGAAGUUCGUCGGGAUCCGAACUUCUUCAGGCAAGGCGUGUGGAGGGCCCGGCGACAAGGAGACGGCGAAGUUCGCCGGGAUCCGAACAUCUUCAGGCAAGGGGGGCSAACCAGGGAUAUUGGUGCAGGCGGGAGGGGCUGCGUGCGGCGGGCGGGAAACGCAUUCGUCGGAAAUCGACACGGGUUCGGGCGAAGUGGUUGCAUUGCAUGCAGGGGAAGAAGGCAGGGUGAUGGACAAAGAGAAGGAAGUGGAGGAAGGAGACACAGGGGAGGAAUUGGAGGAAGGAGGGGAUGAAGGGGAGGAAGAAGAGGAUGAAGGAGAGGAAGGGGAAGGAACGGAGUUGGCUGGGUUGCUAGGAGGGCAGGAGGGGGAAAAAGGUGAACUAAAUACAGGAGACAACGAACGGACUUUCGGCGACGACGAUGAUAGAUCUGGGGAGUCGUCUGAUAGAUUCGGGCAGCUGUACGGAGAACACCACGAGGAAGACGAGGAUGACGAUGACACGGCACUGGGUAUGGAGGCACAGGUGGUCACAAGCCUUUCGUCAGAACGUGAUGACUAUGAGGUCGAAGCAAUGAAGUCUGCCGUCGAUCUCCAACACCGGUUCAACGAAGCUCGUGUAGCAGUCAGCCUAACUAAACCGAGUGUGCGUAUUGAUAUCGAAGAAGUUAUCGACGGCAUCCUGGGCGACCAGUACAUGUCCGCGCAGCCGUCCUCGACGCCUGGUGUCAACGACCCUCUCGACGUCAAACCCUCAGGGGGAUCUGUCGUUGAUUUCUCGCCGACGAACUCUUUGAUGCUGCCGCCGGCCAUCGCCAGCGGAGGAAAAGGCGGGAUCGGGGGACGACAAGAUUUCACAUCCCCGAAAAAAAUUGUCGCCGGCACUCGGGCUCUCGACGUGCUGGCCUUGCCCGCGCCAACUUCGUCGAUUAAGGAGCGGAGAGGCAAACCAGCUGGUAAGCAGUGACAAACGCCACUCAGUCUGCGCGCCAGUGACCGCAGUGUUUGUCGAUGCAGGGAGUUCCUAAUGCCGGCAUGCUACAGC